GAGAGAGAGAGACAGAGGCAUUUUUGGUCAUAAAAUCCACACAGAGGUGGUUCGACAUCCAGGUGAAUCCAAGUAAUAAAUUGCAGGAUUCUCUCUCUAUAAUAUAUAUAGAUAUAGCUUGCAAUCAUUUCCUGCGUUUGGAUCGGUCUGGGUUUUGUCGAGGGUUUUUUGGGGAAGACGAAAUUAGGGUUUAGUUGGGGCAAAGUAAGUAGUAAAGAAGAAGAAGAUGCAGCAGCAGCAGUCUCCGCAAAUGUUUCCGAUGGUUCCGUCGAUUCCCCCUGCUAACAACAUCACUACCGAACAGAUCCAAAAGAUGCUUGGUGGGUCAGGAAACUUUGAAUCCGGUUUUCAAGAAUGGACAUUGAAGUUAGAUGCUUGCUUGAUGUUGUUGUUUUGUACUUUCUCUUGGCUUGAUUACCUUGAUGAGAACAAGAAGCUGAUUAUGGCCAUCAUGGAAAACCAGAAUCUCGGUAAACUUGCUGAGUGCGCCCAGUACCAAGCUCUUCUCCAGAAGAACUUGAUGUAUCUUGCUGCAAUUGCUGAUGCUCAACCCCCACCACCUACGCCAGGACCUUCACCAUCUACAGCUGUCGCUGCCCAGAUGGCAACACCGCAUUCUGGGAUGCAACCACCUAGCUACUUCAUGCAACACCCACAAGCAUCCCCUGCAGGGAUUUUCGCUCCAAGGGGUCCUUUACAGUUUGGUAGCCCACUCCAGUUUCAGGAUCCGCAACAGCAGCAGCAGAUACAUCAGCAAGCUAUGCAAGGACACAUGGGGAUUAGACCAAUGGGUAUGACCAACAACGGGAUGCAGCAUGCGAUGCAACAACCAGAAACCGGUCUUGGAGGAAACGUGGGGCUUAGAGGAGGAAAGCAAGAUGGAGCAGAUGGACAAGGAAAAGAUGAUGGCAAGUGAAAAGGAUCCAAAGAAGCUUUGUUUUGUUGAUAUUUAGGACUUGUGAGUCUCGUAAGGGCUUUUUGCAAUAGCUUGUUUGAGUUUUUUAACAGAAGAUAGACUGUGGAGUAGUUCCGCAAACCGUGUUGUAAUGUAUUGUUAUUUAGUACAAGCUCGGAUUUAGAAAACAUCGUCAUCGUUCAUCUUAUUCUGAAAAUCAAAGCAUUGAACUUA